AACAGCAAAGCCGCCGUCCGAUGGGCCGUUGAACACCUUGUCGGUGGCAAUCCCUUCAUUAUCCUAAUCCACGUUAGGCAUAAAAACCAUCAGAGCACCAGCCAUGGCGACACGUACGACAGCGAUGUACACAGCAUUUUUGCUCCCUUCCGUGGAUAUUGUGCUCGCAAAGCGAUUCAAAUGAAAGAGGUCCUCCUUGACGAUUUCGACGUGUCCAAGGCAAUUAUGGAUUACGUCAAUAAGAACUGCAUCACCAAUGUCGUUGCUGGUGCAUCAACAAAGAAUUCUAUCACAAGGAAGUUUAAAAGCGUAGACGUGCCAACCAGCCUAGUCAAAUCUGCACCAGAUUUUUGCUCUGUGUACGUGAUAUCGAAAGGGAAGCUAAUAUCUGCCCGAAAUGCUCAGAGGCUUGCACUUAAUACUGCUGCCCCACCAAAACAACCAUCUCCACACGGACUUCCACCUUAUAUCAAUCCCACUGAUCACGGUGAAGUUGACCACGCAUCAAGGGGAGUGAUUGUGAGAAACGGAGGGGGGUCGGAGAAAAUGGUGCCGGGAAGGGAGAGGGCUAGGAGUGUUCCGUCACUUUCGCUGGAUAUUAUUGACAUUCCCAGUACGUCUAGGCCGUCUUUUUGCCGCGAUUCGACCGCCGAAGAAAGCGACUUUGUGGCAGCAUUUGGCACGUUCGGGUCGAUCGACGUCACGGGCCAAAACUUGGAUUUCGGUGCUUCAACUACUUCCCCAAGGAACUCUUCUACUAGACAUUCUGCGCGAGAGAUUGACGCUGAGAUGAAAAGACUAAAGCUUGAAUUGAAGCAAACCAUGGACAUGUACAGCUCAGCUUGCAAAGAAGCAAUCUCAGCCAAGAAUAAGGCUAAAGAGCUGAGCCAGUGGAAGCUGGAGGAGAGCAGGAAGUUUGAGGAAGCGAGGCUGGCCGAAGAGACGGCUCUUGCUGCUGCGGAGAUGGAGAAGGCCAAGUGCAAAGCUGCCAUUGAAGCGGCUGAGAUGGCGCAAAGGAUGGCGGAGAAGGAAGCGCAGCGACGGAAGCAUGCGGAGAUGAGGGCCAGGCGAGAGGCGGAAGAGAAGAAUAGGGUACUUACCGCUUUGUCGAAGAACGAGUUCCGGUACAGAAAGUACACCAUAGAGGAGAUUGAAGCAGCCACGGAGAAGUUCUCAGAGGCGAUGAAAAUCGGCGAAGGUGGUUAUGGACCGGUUUACAAAGGCAAACUUGAUCACACCGCCGUUGCAAUCAAGGUCUUGAGACCUGAUGCCGCUCAAGGAAGGAAGCAAUUCCAACAGGAGGUUGAAGUUCUAAGCUGCAUUAGGCAUCCCAACAUGGUCCUCCUCCUCGGAGCCUGCCCCGAAUACGGAUGCUUGGUCUACGAGCACAUGAACAACGGCAGCUUGGAAGACCGUCUGUUCCGAAGAGGCAACACGCUGCCGAUACCAUGGAGGAGGCGGUUCAAGAUAGCCUCUGAGGUCGCAACGGCGCUUCUCUUCCUUCACCAAACGAAGCCUGAACCCCUCGUGCACCGAGACCUCAAGCCGGCCAACAUUCUCUUGGACAGAAACUUCGUGACCAAAAUCAGUGACGUUGGCCUUGCCAGGUUGGUCCCGCCAUCUGUGGCGGACCAAGUGACACAAUACCACAUGACAUCCGCUGCCGGGACAUUCUGUUACAUAGACCCUGAGUACCAACAAACAGGGAAGUUAACAACCAAGUCAGAUAUAUACUCUUUUGGGAUAUUGCUUCUCCAAAUUAUAACAGCCAAGCCUCCGAUGGGUCUUGCUCACCAUGUCAAGAGGGCCAUUGAAAGAGGCAGAUUCGGAGAGAUGUUAGACCCUGCUGUGCAAGACUGGCCCAUUGAAGAGACUCUAACGUUUGCAAAUUUGGCACUAAAGUGUGCUGAACUAAGGAAGAAAGACAGGCCUGAACUUGGUUCGGUUAUAGUGCCUGAGCUUAAGCGGUUAAAGGACUUUGGAAAGAGUCAUUCUGGAGGACAAGAUGGCAGUAGUGGUCCUUCCACUUCACAAGGGAACUAAGAUGGAAAUUGGUCUGUGUGGUUGUCUGUUUUAGGCUGAAAAUAUAUUGGAUAGUUGAAGUUGAACAUUU